AGCCACUUCAACAUCAUGACCAAAGACAAAGAAUCUGCUGUCAGAAACCUUCAUUUUGUUUACAUCCUGACCUUAGUAUUUGGAACCAUAAUCCAGUUCUCUGAUGAAAGUGAAUUUGUGGUGGACAUGUCAAAAAUAGGCCUUAUUCGUGUUCCCAAAGACCUGUCACCAAAAACCGAAGUCUUAGAUAUGUCUCAAAACUACAUAUCUGAGCUUCACCUCUCUGACAUCGGCUUUCUCUCAGGGCUGAAAGUUUUGAGACUUUCCCAUAAUAGAAUCCAGUGCCUUGAUAUUAGUAUUUUCAAGUUCAACCAGGAUUUGGAAUAUUUGGAUUUAUCUCACAAUCGGUUGCAGAAGAUAUCCUGUCAUCCGAUCACUACAAGUCUCAAGCAUUUAGACCUCUCAUUCAAUGACUUUGAUGCCCUGCCCAUCUGUAAGGAAUUUGGCAGCUUGACUCAACUGAAUUUCUUAGGAUUAAGUGCUACAAAGUUACAGCAAUUAGAUCUACUACCAAUUGCUCACUUGCACCUAAGUUGCAUCCUUCUGGAUUUGGAAGGUUAUUUUGUGAAAGAAAAUGAGAAUGAAAGUCUUCAAAUUCUGAAUACAAAGGAACUUCACCUUGUUUUUCACCCAAAUAGCUUCUUCUCUGUCCAAGUUAACAUAUCAGUGAAUAGUUUAGGGUGGUUACAACUGACUAAUAUUAAAUUGAAUGAUGACAACUGUCAAGUUUUAAUUAAAUUUUUAUCAGAACUCACUAGAGGGCCAACCUUACUGAAUUUUACCCUAAACUAUAUGGAAACAACUUGGAAAUGUUUGGUUGGAGUUUUUCAAUUCCUUUGGCCCAAACCUGUAGAAUAUCUCAAUAUUUACAAUUUAACACUAGUUGAAAGCAUCAAUGAAGAAGUUUUUACUUAUCAUGAAACAACAUUGAAAGCACUGAAUAUAGAACAUGUUAUAAACAGAGUUUUUAUUUUUUCACAGACAGCAUUAUACACAGUGUUUUCUGAGAUGACUAUUACGAUGUUAACCAUAUCAGACACACCUUUUGUACACAUGCUUUGUCCUCAGAAACCAAGCACAUUUACGUUUUUGAACUUCACCCAGAAUAUUUUCACAGAUAGUGUUUUUCAAAAUUGCCACACUUUAGCUAGAUUGGAGACACUUAUUCUACAAAAGAAUGAAUUAAAAGACCUUUUCAAAGUAGGUCUCAUGACUAAGGAUAUGCUGUCUUUGGAAAUACUGGAUGUUAGCUGGAAUUCUUUGGAAUAUGAUAGACAUGAUGGAAAUUGCACUUGGGUUGGGAGUAUAGUGGUGUUAAAUUUAUCUUCAAAUAUACUUACUGACUCUGUUUUCAGAUGUUUACCUCCCAGGGUCAAGGUUCUUGAUCUCCACAAUAACAGAAUAAGGAGCAUCCCUAUAGAUGUCACCAGUCUAGAAACUUUGCAAGAACUCAAUGUUGCUUCCAAUUCUUUAGCCCACCUUCCUGGAUGUGGUACCUUUAGCAGCCUUUCCAUACUGAUCAUUGACUAUAAUUCAAUCUCCAACCCAUCAGCUGAUUUCUUCCAGAGCUGUCGGGAGAUUAGGUCCCUAAAAGCAGGGAACAAUCCAUUCCAAUGUACAUGUGAGUUAAGAGACUUUAUCCAAAGUGUAGGCCAAAUAUCAAGUGAAGUGGUAGAGGGUUGGCCUGAUUCUUAUAAGUGUGAUUAUCCAGAAAGCUAUAAGGGAACCCCAUUAAAGGACUUCCAUGUAUCUCAAUUAUCCUGCAACACAGCUCUGCUGAUUGUCACCAUUGGAGUCCCUGGGCUGGUGUUGGCUGUUACUGUGACUGUCCUCUGUAUCUACUUGGAUCUGCCCUGGUAUCUCAGGAUGGUGUGUCAGUGGACCCAGACCCGGCACAGGGCUAGGAAUGUACCCUUAGAAGAACUCCAAAGAGCUCUCCAGUUCCAUGCUUUUAUUUCAUACAGUGAACAUGAUUCUGCCUGGGUGAAGAAUGAACUUGUACCUUGUCUAGAAAAAGAAGAUAUAAGAAUUUGUCUCCAUGAGAGAAACUUUGUUCCUGGCAAGAGCAUCGUGGAAAAUAUCAUAAACUGCAUUGAGAAAAGUUACAAGUCCAUCUUUGUUUUGUCUCCCAACUUUGUCCAGAGUGAGUGGUGCCAUUAUGAACUCUACUUUGCCCACCACAAUCUUUUCCAUGAAGGAUCUAAUAACUUAAUCCUGAUCUUGCUGGAACCCAUUCCACAGAACAGCAUUCCUGGCAAGUAUCACAAGCUGAGGGCUCUCAUGGCACAGAGAACUUAUUUGGAAUGGCCCAAGGAGAAGAGCAAACAUGGACUUUUUUGGGCUAAUAUUAGAGCUGCUUUUAAUAUUAAAUUAACACUAGUCACUGAAAAUGAUGAUGUGAAAGCUUGA